AUGGCGCUUAAAGAUCAUCUGUAUCUCGAGGAACCAUUAGCAGAUCAAAGCGCUAACGCCACCAUGCAAGAUAACCUUGAUGAUGAAUCAGAAGAGACUGUUUCUUUAUGUGAUCUUCCUAUUUAUGGCUAUGAUACUAAUAAUUGCAGAGUUACUGAUUCUGAAGACUCCAUGAUAGGCGAUGAAAGCUUUGAGUUUUUCAGUGAAGAGUGGCUAAAGAAGGUUAAAGAUUCGAAUCCAAAGGAAAACAUCGUUUUCUGUGGAAAUUUGAUUCUUCCCAAACAACCCAUCUCCAGAAACACCCAAGAAUUCGAUAAACGCAAUCAUGGAAACACAAGACUUGAUUUAAAUAAUGGAUCUGGCCGAAACAUUGAAUUUACCAAGUUCCGACCCAUGAACAAAGGGAGAAAUCAUGGCAGCUAUGGCGAGCAUGAAACGAAGAGGGUGGCGUCGGCCUCAAAGAAGUCAAGGUGGUAUUAUUAUGGGGUUGGAUUGGCUGGGAUUCCGGCGGAGAUGGACUUAAAUGCCAUUAAAAGCAGACAAAACAGGCGCCAGCAAAAUAGUUCGGUUAGGACACAAGGCGGCUUUGAGAAGGAGGAGAGUGGUGGUUUCCGCCGUGUAAAAGGGUUGGGUAGGUUGAUUAGAGACUUUAGUUGUAAUGAUCAAACACAAGCAACUAAGAUGGUGAAAGCUUCGCUUGUUUACAUUCCAAGGGUUGGGUAG